AUGGUAGUCAGAAAGGCUCUGGAAUCUGUUUCUCGCUGGUUAGCACGAAAGGGUCCAAGAGAACGAACAUCACCAUGUGCCGGUGGCUCAUCGGCUGAACCCGAAAGUGCACUUGAAAUUUUUAAGAAAGUCCUUAUGAUAGCUGGAGUUAUGACUGUAUAUGGCCCAGAUGGGGCGAUGCUUCGAUUGAUCGAGGCGAGAGAGAAAGAGGCCAAAGAAGCUAAAGAGGCCGAGGAAGCUAAAGCGGCUCAAGACUUGCCGAAAUAA